AUGAGCAUCAGCUGGUACAAGCGACAGGACGGGGAAGAGCCUGAGCCCACUGAGGAACCCAUCGAUGGACCCACUGAUAUUCCUGCUCCUCCUCAGAUUACUCCUCCGAAUUCUCUCGGAAUUCAGCCUCCUACUUUUAGCAUCAGCUGGGGCAAGCGUGAGGCAGAUGCAGAGGUGAACACUGGCUACCCAAUUCCAUCUCAAUACUUAUCGUGGCUAUCCAAAUACCCACAACCUCCAAAGGAAACUGAAGGCCCAACAUACGUCACAUGGGGCAAAGAGAAGAGAGAGGCGGAUGCACAGGUUAAUACCAUCGGAUUAGGAGAACCAUCUCAAGGGAUCUCGUGGUAUAAACAGCACCCACACCCGAAGCCGACUUCAGCAGAUGGCCCCGGAUACAUCUCAUGGGAUAAGAGGGAAGCAGAUGCACAAGUUGAUACUAUUGGAAUGGGUGAGCCAUCUCAAUGGAUCUCGUGGUACAAA